ACUUCCCAGCAGAGCUCAGUCCCACCACAGCUGGGCAGAGCUGCCUUGGCCAAAGGCUUCUCUACUUUGGAGUCAUUUGUGCCCCACCCAUUAAGGGAGCUGGGAACGAAGUGAUGAGAAGGGCCAGGGGCCUGCCUAUGUUCUGGCGUGUGGCUGAGAAGUUCUUUUGGGAAGUGGCCAUGGAGUGGAAGGGUCCAGCAGGCAGUGCUUGCAGAGCUAAAACUUCCUCCUUUCAGGAUGCUGUGCGCAUGCUCAACACGCUGCAGACCAAUGCCAGCUACCUGGAGCAGGUAAAGCGUCAGCGGAGUGACCCCCAAGCGCAGCUGGAGGCCAUGGAGAUGUACCUGGCACGGAGUGGGCUGCAGGUGGAGGACUUGAACCAGCUAAACAUUAUCCAUGUCACUGGGACCAAAGGAAAGGGCUCCACCUGUGCCUUCACUGAACGCAUCCUGCGGAACUACGGCCUGAAGACAGGUUUCUUCAGCUCUCCCCACCUGGUGCAGGUGCGCGAGCGGAUUCGGAUCAACGGGAAGCCCAUCAGUCCUGAGCUCUUCACCAAGCAUUUCUGGCGCCUCUAUCACCAGCUGGAGCAGUUCAAGGAUGGCAGCCACAUUUCCAUGCCUGCUUACUUCCGCUUCCUCACACUCAUGGCCUUCCAUGUCUUCCUCCAAGAGAAGGUGGACCUGGCAAUAAUGGAAGUGGGCAUUGGCGGGGCUUUUGACUGCACCAACAUCAUUAGAAAGCCAGCGGUGUGUGGAGUGUCCGCUCUUGGCAUUGACCACACCAGCCUGCUGGGAGACACGGUGGAGAAAAUAGCGUGGCAGAAAGGGGGCAUCUUUAAGCCUGGUGUCCCUGCCUUCACUGUGCUGCAGCCGGAAGGUCCCCUGGCCGUGCUGAGGGACCGAGCCCAGCAGAUCUCAUGUCCUCUGUACCUGUGUCCACCGUUGGAAGCCCUGGAGGAGGGUGGACUGCCAUUGACCCUGGGCCUGGAGGGAGAGCACCAGCGGUCCAAUGCGGCCUUAGCCUUGCAGCUGGCUCAUUGUUGGCUAGAGCAGCAAGACCACCAGGACAUCCGGGAGCUGAAGGUGUCCAGGCCGAGCAUACGGUGGCAGCUUCCCCUGGCACCUGUGUUCCAUCCUACCUCCCACAUGAGACACGGGCUUCGGGACACGGAGUGGCCUGGCCGGACACAGGUGCUGCGGCGGGGACCCCUUACCUGGUACCUGGAUGGCGCGCAUACCACCAGCAGCGUGCAGGCCUGUGUGCGCUGGUAUUGCCAGUCACUGCAGCGCAGCAAACGCCCCAGCGGUGGGCCUGAAGUUCAUGUCUUGCUCUUCAACUCCACUGGUGACAGGGACCCCGCUGCCUUGCUGAAGUUGCUGCAGCCCUGCCAGUUUGACUAUGCUGUGUUCUGCCCCAACCUGACAGAGGUGUCGCCCACAGAGAACGCAGACCAGCAGAACUUCACAGUGACUCUGGACCAGGUGCUGCUCCGCUGCCUCCAACACCAGCAGCACUGGAGCCGCCUGGGCGAGAAACAGGCCAGCCCCGACCUCUGGAGCAGCCCCAGCCUGCAGCCUGGAGGGCCAGGCUCCCUGCUGCUGGCACCGCACCUGCCUCAGCCUGCUAGCGCGAGCUCCCUCGUUUUUAGCUGCAUCUCCCACGCCUUGCAGUGGAUCAGCCAAGGCCGGGAUCCCGUCUUUCAGGCCCCGAGCCCUCCAAGGAGCCUCCUCAGCCACCCCACAGCCAGCAGUGGGGCCAGCGUUCUCCGGGAGGCUGCUGCCAUCCAUGUACUGGUUACAGGAAGCCUGCACCUCGUGGGUGGAGUGCUGAAGCUACUGGAUCCCUCCCUGUCCUAGUAGCCAAGGCUUGGUGUCAGAGGCGGGAACUUUCCACACCCGGGCUGCCUUUCCACAGACGUUCAGACUCAGUGCCUUUUGAUUUCUGCUUCCGGAUUCUUUUGAGACCGGCCCAGGGUCCUGAGCUCGUGGUAGAGGGUAGGGACAGGAGAGGCUCUGUUCCUUGGCUUCUCCUUCCUCUGGCGUAGACAGCAGGGGCUUCCCUGCCAUUUUACUAGGCCUUCAGCCCAACCCAUCUCCCUGCCCACCCUGCUGCCUUCUGGCUCAGGUCCAGCGUAUUGUGCGAGCUGCCUGACCAGCCUGUGAUCCUGCCUGAGGUUAGCCCAGAGACUUCUCCUCCCUCCCAAUGCCUUCUGGGAAGAGAGAGGGCCCUUGCCUGGGCAUUUGGGGACUACGGGUUGUCGGAACUAAUUGAAGCUUUUUAAACCCUUUUAUUUUUUAUUUUUUUGUAAAUAAAUGACAAAACUUUUGGUUGACUCCUAA